GCAGAGCAGAGCAGAGGAUUGCAGAACUAGGGAGAAGAAUGUUGACCUUUUUGCCUGAGGACUUGGUGGUGAAAAUACUCUCUAAGCUGCCACCAAAGUCCCUGAUCCGAUUCAGGUGCGUAUCCAAAACCUGGGAUGCUCUCAUUGGAAACCCUGAUUUCUUCUCUAGAAACCUCCUUAACCAAUCCAUUUUCACCCCCACCCAAAACCCAGAUCGUCCACUCCCUCUCCUCCUCGUCAGCGCCACCGACAAAUUCAACGCUGAAAGGGAACUGUUCUCUUUCCUCUCUUACGACACCCUCGAAUGUGUGUCUCGGAUCCCUCUGAAUCUCCCUCCCGCACCAAACAAUGACUGUUUCGUUACAAUUCCAAAUUGUAACCUCAAGGUCGUCGCUUCCUGUAAAGGGAUACUCUGCCUCUACGAUUUCCGAACCAGAGACAUCUAUCUCUGGAACCCCGCCACGCCGUCGGCAGGGCUCAAGGCUCUGCCGCCCUUUUCCCGGCACCCUGAACCCGGAGUUAUUGUUUAUCUGCUCGGCGUCGGGUUCGGGUUCGACCCCAGAUCUAAGGACUUCAAGGUGGUGAGGAUUCGAAAAGUUGCGCGCGGCCCUGAUGCCACAAAGCGGGUGAAGAAGGAGGUGGAAGUGUACAGCGUAAGUGAUGGGUAUUGGAGAAUGAUUGAUGUAAGCGUGCCAUUUGGUUUUCGUGGAGGUUGGCGGACGGCGGCGUUUGAUGGGGUUUUUUUCUGGUGGUCGUUGGGUCUAAUAACCGUUGCUUUCGAUUUCAGCGACGAGGUGUUUCGAACGACGCCGUUUCCGCAUGCUAGAAGUGCCUUGUAUUUUUCUCACAAAUUGAUGGUGUUGAACGGGUGCAUUGCUAUGGCGGUUUUUCCUCGUGCUUCAGGGAAGGUAAAUAUGUCUUUGGAGAUAUGGGUUUUGCUUGAAUUUGGUGUUAAGGAGUCGUGGACUUUAUUUAUCAACAUUGGACUCCCGCCGGAUUUAGAAAGGCCAUUGAGGUUUUGGAAGAACGGGGAGUUGUUCAUGGAGAAUAGUGAGGGGCAGUUGGUCUUGUAUGAUCCUUUUACACGUACAAGGAAGAAUCUUCAGAUUGAAGGGGUUAAGGAAUCCUUAGAAGUUGCUCUCUUCACGCAGAGUUCCGUCGCCAUCAAUGGAGGGGUUGAGCUUGAAGGAGGGGAUAAUCUGUGAGAGACAAGAUUCAUGCCCUCUUUUUUCUUAUGGCCUGACCCUCCAACUUGUCAUCAGGGAUUAGAGAUCUUACUGGGAUGAUGAGAAGAGUUAAGAAAUUAGAGAAUGAAAAUUUUAUACUGAAAGGCAAAAGAGAAACGCUUGAUGUUUGAUGUUUGCUCUGGAGUCGCCAUGAUUUUUAUUUAACUAUUGUUUGUUUUUCUCUUAUUAAGUGAUUGUUAGAUAAUGGAAGUUGUUAUAUACUGUGAGUGACUUUGUGAUAUGUAAUGGAGUUGUAGCAGAUUUGGAUUA